AUGUCACAAACACCUGAGGGUAGGUUGCAAGCAGAUCGGUUGCGCGAAAUGUCCAAGAGUAAGGAUAGACGCAGGCGAGCAAAAACUAGAAUUCACACGGCGCGCCUGGAACUGGCGCAAGGUAUUUUUGGUGGAGCGUCACCCGAAUACUUACUCUUAUCUCAUCCGGAGGUGCACUCUGAAGAUGAAGUAGUGAUUGUCAACGGCUCGGGAUCACGGUGCAAAACCAGACUGGAAUGGCGUAGCGGACCACUCGAUACCUUUGUCAACCUCGUGGAUCAACUUAUCGAAGGGCAGGAGACUAUUCCAAGGAAGAAGGCUCGCGCAAAGGCCAUCAUUGAUCGUGGAUCAUACACUUCAAACGAUCCGGAUACUUUUCCACCUCAAAAGUUCCAGGAAUCUCUUGUGUCAAAUGCAUGGCUUGAUAAGAUGUCAGGCAUCGCAGUUGCAAACUUGAAACUAGUGAAGGCUGAUUCAAUCAACAUUAAGAAAUCAAUCGAGAUUUUGACUAAUUUAGUAUUGCCAAGGGGGGCUGCUCGUGUAGGUGGACAACCGAGUAGUAGUGAAGCGUCAAGUUCAACUCAGCGGAUGUUUAGUUUGUUGUUGAUGAAUAGUGUGAAAUGUGAGAAAAAUGAUUUCAAGGGUAACUUCAAUUGGAAAUGUAUCCUUUGUGAGAUUUGUCUCAUGCUUUCAAAAAAGGACGACAAGGUCAAAGUUUUCCAAAAAUGCCUUAGAGAAAAGCCAUCUCAUCCUCACAUGGGGUGUAACACCGAAAGUUUCGAAUACAUGGGAGUCACCUACGUUGGGAAGCUAUUCAACCGUUCAAACUACCCAAAACAUCUUCAUAAAUCAACAGCUUUAAACGCAAAUGAACAAGAUCCGCUUCUUGAGGGGGGAAGUGGAGCCUUGAGAUCGCAACCACCUUUAGCUCAAUCUUAUCAACAUCCUCAAACCAAAAAAAGAAAGCAUUCAGAUUCACCGGCACCUCAUAGUGAGAAUGGCAGUGACGAUAUUAAUCUUCGACCUCACAAGAAUCCACGAACUACUAGUCCAAAUCCCGUCGAGCUAUCUAUAUCAACUACUCAAACUCCAAAUGGGCUACCGACGGUCUUAACUUUCUCCACUGAACCGUUCAAAGUCCCUCUCACUUUUUUACAGCAUCCUCACUGUGUUCAAUCUAUGUUUCAUGUUUUGCAUGACCAUUUCAUUGAGCACAAGAGUGUACGAGGUUCUCGCAUUGCCCUUAAGAUGGAACAAUCAAAGGUCAAGAAAUCUCUAGGCGACAAUCCCCUGGCAUCGAAGAUAUUACGAGAAAUCCCUUUGACACUUGACAAACUCAUCAAGACUUUUCGCUUAAACACCAACUUAGUCACUAAUCUCUGCUGCUAUGUAUGCCGGAAACUUCAUGGAUUACUCGAUCAAAUCAAUGAGCCUCUUAUCACUAACUGCGACCAUCUUCGAUUUCCAAAGAAAACUUCUUCGAGUCUUCGAAUACUUGCUUCGGCUGGGGCAACUCUGAAGAACUUGCAGGAUAAACAGACUCUUCAAGGUGUAUACACUAAUGUUACAAAUCAUAAUGAAUCCGAAACCGCAACAUCCGAUUCUAUCCCUGUCACUCAACCAUCCGAAAGCGCAUCCAACAUGGACCUCGAUAUCUCUGAUGACAACCCUUCUGAUCAUUCUAGUAACCGCACACACUACCCUCGAUCUGCUAAGUCAAAGUCGCUGACGGAACCAUCUCUUCCGGCUAGUGUUGUUGGAAAGACAUUAAUCAAUGCUCACACUCAGCAUGCAUUAUUCAAACAUGUUCUUACGAAUACUUCAAAAGAAUACCGUGCUUCCAUUGGUGUUGAAUCACUCUCACAUUCAACUCGGACUAAAUGGAAACUUGUUGCUCCUUCCGAUGAAGUCUUGACAGCCCUUCAAGCGGCAGUAUCAGGCCGGAUGGAUUUCACAAUCUCUGACACUUCAAAGUUCGAAUCAACUGUUCAGUGGGAACAUGGAGGAAAAAACUUCGCUCAAUAUUCAAAACAUAAAGGUAACAGUUAUGUACAAUUCGAAAUGGGUGGACAAGUGAACUAUGGGUACAUCAAUGGAAUCUUCCGUGUGAUUGGUCAUAAGUCUCCCUUUUUCAUUGUUAGACCUUUCACCCCUCUUCAAGGACGCGAUGAAUCACAUAACCCCUUCCGCUCCCUGCCAUAUUUGAAAGCUACGGUUAUGUAUCAUUCACAUCAAGAGGUCAAAUGUGUUCUACUUGAUCAAAUGUUUGGACAUGUUGCUGUACGAGUGAAUCACCCAAAUACAUACAAUAUCUCCCAUCCAACAGUAUCAAUAGUCUCACUGAGAAGCAUGGGAAUUUGUGACGAAGCAUUUAGAUCUGGUGAUGAUUAG